AUGCCUCGAUCCUCUAGUCGUGCAACUAAGGCAACGCAGCAUGUGUCCAGCAGCAACAGUAAGAAACGUGGUCGCUCUCCAGUAUCGUCUACCUCCUCGGUAGAAUCAUCUUCUGCUAUCCCAGCUGGUGCCGCCGAUGAAUCAAAGAAUCCAGUGUUGCAAUCAUCCAAGAGAAAAAAGCUUGCGACGUCGACGACUCAUGAUGUCAACAACGACGACGAGGACGAGUUGGAGGAAACAGAUGAAACAGCAUCACCCAUUACUACUACUUCUUCAUCAUCCAACACUCGAGGCACGAUUCAACGUGGAGUACCUGCUUUUUUGAACAAGUUGUAUAGUAUGGUUGAUGAGUCUUCAACGAAUAAUCUUAUUCGCUGGUCUCCCGAUGGCAACUCAUUCAUUGUCGAGAACCACGAGCUUUUUGCAAAGACGGUGUUACCACGCUACUACAAACACAACACGUUUGCAUCCUUUGUUCGCCAGCUUAACAUGUACGACUUUCACAAGGUGCCAACCGUCCAACAAGGUGUAUUGUAUCCAGACAACGAGCGUGAACUAUGGGAAUUCAGCCAUGAGAACUUUCGUCGAGGCCGACCCGAUUUGCUUUUAUUGGUGUCGCGAAAACGCAACAAGGACAAGGACAAUGGGGAGAGUGACCAGGUGACAUUGGCAUCACUUGUGAAAGAUAUCGCAUCGAUACGUAAGCAUCAAUCCGCUAUCAGCUCUGAUCUACGCACCUUGCAACGUGACAACUCGUACCUGUGGCAAGAAUCGUUGGCAGCCCGUGAGAAACAUCAGCUUCAUAAGGAUGUGAUUGAGAAGAUUUUGCAAUUCUUGACGACCGUGUUUUCGAGCGAGAACAACAUUUUGGCAGCAACGCAUCAGCAAUUGAAUGGACCCUUUAUGCUUGGCAAGAACAAUGAAUACAUAAGUUUGCUUGGGAAAUCGGAAGCAGGAAAGUUUCUCGAAGGACGUUUACCAACUGCUUUGAUUGAAGAAGCUGCAAGUCUCGUUGGGAUGAAGGAUGCAAUCGGAUCUCUUCAAGGUGCAACAAGUGAUCCUUCGGCAGGCAUGUCAUCGACUCCCUCGUCUCCAUCCGCGUCGUUGAACCCUUCAGCUUUCCAGCAGCAACAACAACAACAGCAACAAUCACCACAGCAACCAUUGUCGGAAGGGAUGCGUACAGCGGAAUCGAAUGCCAACAUUGAAGCUUUCACCGAUACACUCAACACAGCAUCCAAGUCGGCUGAAUCGAUCUCUCAGGACAUUGACGAUCUCCAAAUGGAUAUUGAAGCAUUGGCAUCACAUAUUGGCAUCGAUCCCCAGCAUCUUCAGGACCCAGUAUUUGAUGGCAUGGAACAACUUGGUGAUUUUGUGGAUGAUUAUGGUGCAAUGAUUUCAAGUGCAUCUCGCUCAGACAAGAUUCGUUUGUAUGAGCUUGCUGGUGGAUCACAUGUUAAGAACAAGUACGACACAUCGGCAGCACCAUUGGAAAAGGGGAAGCAACCAAUCAUGAAUGCAACGAACGACAAUGCUACAAGCUUGCCAGGGACCCAGCCGGCUACUGGAACGUUGCCUAUCAAUAUUACUCCUGCCCCAAGUGGUGAUGGCGCAUCCACCAGCAGCUUAACGCCUCAAUCAGCCAUUCCAAUCCCUCCUUUUCCUAAUGUCUCGCCAAAUCCUUCGGAAAUCAGCAGUGCUGAAUCAACACCCCACCUGGCACAAACCAAUGCGCAUCCUCUGAUGAGUCAAGCCAUGUUCCAAUCAUUGUAUCCUGGUGUAUCCAUGCCAACACCUCCACCUGGAACUCCUGGUCAGCAAUACGUGGCUGUUCCUGUACCCGUGGCUGUCCCUGUACCAUAUCAUCAAUUCCAGCAACACCAACAACAACAACAACAACAACAGCAGCAGCAGGCAGCGGCAUCCACAGGCACAAAUCCAGCGAAUGUUGUCCCAACCUCAAUCCCUGGUACUACUUUGCCUCAACAUCCCGCAACAACAGCACCUUUGCCAAACUUGUAUUAUGGAAUGCCAAAUGUCACCACGCCACAGCAACCACCACAACCUCCACCACCGCCUGGCUUUCCCGAUCCACAGCAACAACAACCUUCAUCCAAAAAGGAGGAUAACGAUUCAUAA